AGAGAGAGGAGCUCAGGACUGAAUGAGGCCUCCGGGAGAGCCUCCUGAGGGAUGAGGGUGUUUCAGGGGAGGCUGUGAUCUUGGGGGGUGGGGCGUCCAGGGGAUCUUGAAUGAAUGGACGGACGGCUUUCGGGGCCAGCAGCCACAGCCACAGCCACAGAACGAGGUGACUGAGAGAAAGAAGUCCGGCAACACGGGUCCCCGGCACCGCCUCCAGUGGCCUGAAGUCCAGGGGGACCCUUGGGUCAACCCAGGCGGAGACCAGACACAAGGUGGGGACACUGAGGCUCAGAGAGAGGAAGGCGCCGGCUCAGGGCUGCAGAGACGUUGGCUGUUUGAAGGCGAGAAUCUGGAAGUUGGGGGAUCCGUGCAAGGAGUGCGCGUAGCUCUGGGGCCCCGGGGUCAGGGUUCCCAGCUGUGCCCAAGGACUGACUGGCCAAGGACCCCACUGGAGAGCUUUGGACACCCUAACAGUGAAUGAGAAUGGGGGACAUGGAUUACAACACAUCCUUAUCCUACAAUGAGGAUUACUUGGACGACCUUGAGCCCAUCGUGGUUUUGGAGGAGUCGUCCCCCCUGGAAGGCAAGGUGACCAGGAUCUUCCUGGUGGCGGUCUACAGCAUCAUCUGCUUCCUCGGGAUCCUGGGCAACGGGCUAGUGAUCAUCAUCGCCACCUUUAAGAUGAAGAAGACAGUGAACACCGUCUGGUUCCUCAACCUGGCCGUGGCAGACUUCCUGUUCAACGUCUUCCUCCCCAUCCACAUUGCCUACACCGCCAUGGACUACCACUGGGUGUUCGGGACGGCCAUGUGCAAGAUCAGCAGCUUUCUGCUCAUCCACAACAUGUACACCAGCGUCUUCCUGCUCACCGUCAUCAGCUUCGACCGCUGCAUCUCCGUGCUCCUUCCUGUCUGGUCCCAGAACCACCGUGGUGUGAGGCUGGCCAGCGUGGCCUGCGUGGUGAUCUGGAUCCUGGCUUUCUUCCUGAGCUCUCCAUCCCUCAUCUUCCGGGACACGGCCCACGUGCAUGGGAAAAUCUCCUGCUUUAACAACUUCAGCCUGUCUGCGGCCGCCUCUGCCCCGCAGCUCACCCACCCCCGGCUGGACCCUGUGGGCUUCAGCCGGCACACGCUAGUGACCGUCACCCGCUUCCUCUGCGGCUUCCUGGUCCCCGUGCUCAUCAUCACGGCCUGCUACUUCACCAUCGUCUGCAAGCUGCGGCGCAACCGCCUGGCCAAGACCAAGAAGCCCUUCAAGAUCAUCGUGACCAUCAUCACCACCUUCUUCCUCUGCUGGUGUCCUUACCACACGCUCCACCUGCUGGAGCUGCACCACGCCGCCGUGCCCGGCUCCGUCUUCAGCCUGGGUCUGCCCCUGGCCACUGCUGUUGCCAUUGCCAACAGCUGCAUGAACCCCAUCCUGUACGUCUUCAUGGGCCAGGACUUCAAGAAGUUCAAGUUGGGCCUCUUCUCCCGCCUGGUGAAUGCUCUGAGCGAGGACACGGGCCACUCCUCCUACCCCAGCCACAGGAGCUUUACCAAGAUGUCAUCCAUCAACGAGAAGGAGACCAGCAUGCUUUGAGCCUCCUCUGGGAGCCCCCGAUGGACAGAUGCUCCAGCCUUGGAGCCCCAAGCUGUGCCUUCCAAAGAGGCUGCAGACGCCCCUUCCACACCCACUGACACCUGCUGCCCUUACACGGGGCUCCCAGUGUUUUGGGCUGGGAGUCCAGGGCCUGGAACUCGGUCCUUCGAGUGGCACGGUGGACGGGGCAUGCCGAGUCGCUCUGGCCUUGGACCAGCACCCCGUGCUUCUCGGGAGACCUGCCUUGGCUGACCCUGAAGCAAAUGAGGGAGAAUUCUCAAAAACACUGCCGUGAACUGGGGUCAGCGUAAGACAGAGGGAUUCAGCUACCUAUUCCACGCCUUCCUGGAGUGACAAACAGGCCACAGGGCGUACUCCUAUCUCAGCAGAGGAGGUCAGAACAGACCUGGUGUGAUGCAAAAUCACGCCUCCACCACAUUCCAGCACCACCCCUUCUCCACAUGCCAGCGCUACCCCUCCCCCACAUGCCCGUUUCACUGGCCAGUCAGAAAUCCCGCCGCCCGCAUCAUUCCCCUGGGUGAGGUCAAGUGGAGGUACGGUUUAGGAGAAGGGCUCGAGAGGGGAGAGCAGAGGCCCUUCAAAGGAUGCAGCCCGAAGGCACUUACCCUGUAACCUCCCCAGGUGGGGUGCUGUGGGCCGUGGCUAUUUUUGGGGGUGGGGUGGCGUCAGCCGUGCACCCCAGGCCCCGCUCUCCUCUUGCAAUUGUUGCCUGGGGGCUGGGCCCUGGUGGACAGCUUCACUCUCAGUUUCUUCCCCAUUGUGGGGUUUGCCCUUCCUUUCCCGAUCCACUGGCCCUGGCAGCAGGUACUCAGAUAAACCACGCCAGGGCAGGGGGCCUGGGAAGGAGGGCAUCUCACCACCCCCACCCCAGCUUCAGAGAGCAACCUGGGAGGGCCUUGCAGGUUGAAGAGCAUGUCCAAGGGCUGGGUCCCUGAACUCCGCAGGGCCUGGGGCCUGGUGGCCGUGCUGCCUCUUCUCCUCGGGACCGACACCCUCCUGUACCACAGUGUCCUUGUCCCAUUUACAGAUGACAAAGCUGGGGCUCGGGGAGGGCGGGCAGUAACGCGCCCACGGACACACAGCAGGCAUGAGGCAGAGUUAAGAUUUGAACCCAGCUCUGUCUGGCUCCAGAAACUGUUUUUUUAUUUUUUUCAAUGGCAAAUGUAUCUAUUGAGAAUAUUCUAGACUAUCAUGAUAGCCUACACUUAUUUAGUGCUCCCUAUGCUAAAUUUACACCUCCCAGCGGCCCUGACUUACAGUUAUUACUUCUCGUUUACAUACAUGAAGCUCAGAGAGGUUAAGUAACUUCCCUGAGGGCGGCCAGCUGGUCUCCACCAGAGCCUUCAUUGGAAACUAGGUCUGUCUGGCUCCAAUAAGGCUGCAGGAUCAGGGUUCUGAGAGAGGUGUGGGGUUUUGACCUUACAUAUUGCUUCUUCAGCAGAUUAAUAUAAACAUCUUCCUGGCCUAUGCAUCAGCUUUGCAAACUGUUUUCGAAAAUGACCCACCGGGGCAACGAAAAUACUCUUGGCCUCUGGUUCCCCUGACAUCCAUCCGCACGCGACCGCCAUGGUUCCCGUGUCCUGUACCCUCUGAGACCGCCGGGAAGGCGUGGGGCGGGGGGGGCAGGCCGGGCGGGAGGCUGUCGCUGGGGGGGCGCAAGGCCCUCUGGCCUCCCCGCGUCCACACUCUCUUCUCUUCCAAAUGCCGUCAUCGUGAAGCCAGUUCUCUGACAAGAUGCAAUGAACAGAUGUAAUGUCUACACAGCGCUGGGCAAGCGCCCGAGGCCAUGGGCUGUUUGGAAAUCGCACCUCGUUAAGAGACAGACUGUUCCUUCCCUCCUCGGGUCAUCGUUGUUUAUGACGAGGCCGCUCUGAACUGACCCUAAGUCAGGGCGCCCAGUGGCUUCAAGAAACCUGAACUUGGGCCGUAGGAGAGCAAAAGUAGGGAGCUUUAAACAUUGCCCCAACUUCACAAGGGAAGCAAUGAGAUGGCCUGGGGCGUGUUCCAGACACCAGAGGCGGUCCCCAGCCACGCAGGCUCUGAACCCCAGGUGCUCCUUGUUCAGGCCGGUCCCUCCCUCCUCCUGGGCUGCGUGCAGGCCAAGCCUGGCCGCCCGGGAGCCAGGAAAUCGGUUUGUUGUUGGAAAAGCUGAUGAGCGGGAGUAAAAUCCAAACCAGCUGUUUUCCUCCUUAGGGUUGGGCCUCUCUCUGGCUGCCCCACCAGUUGUUCUCCAUUAAAUACGUAAAUGCUGCCAUGACAUCCUCCUUAA